AUGCAUAAGCUGUCAUAUAUUUUAAAUUAUGAAACAUUUCAAAAAGAUUCCGUUGAAGGUGAAAAUGUUAAUGAUUUUUCACUAUUAACUCAAGUUUGUCAUCAUUUAAAUUAUUCAGUUGUUAAUUUAAAUAAAGAAAAAUCGAUUAUUAAUGAUUUUUUAACUAUCGUUACUGGUAAUCCUUCGACAUCUUCAAUUUCAUAUUCGGAGUUUUUAUGUUAUGCAAUGAAACAAGAUAUAACCGAUUAUUGA